AUGACGCUAGCCACAGCUAUUAAUACGAGUUUUUGGUUACAAUGUCACCACCAACUUAAUUUGUCGAGCCUUGAUUUUCUUGCUCGCAGACAAGUGGAGCGAACAGAGCAGUUUGAUUCAGAUAUUUAUGUAAGUAAUUUUUACUUCAGAAAUAAUAGACACGAUAAUCAGUAUGGAGCAGGAGCUGGAUUAGAGAUUGAUCCAGUGGAGAUCAAGGAUCGUCCGUGA